AUGGGCGUGACGUUCUCGUCGCUGUACGAUGCGCUCUGGUUCUGGCGGAGGAGUACGCCGAUGCGUAUUCUGAUGCUGGGGCUGGACAGCGCAGGUAAGACGACUAUACUCUACCGCUUGCAGCUGGGAGAGGUGAUUUCUACGAUUCCCACGAUCGGAUUCAACGUCGAGUCGGUCGAGUACAAGAACAUCAAGAUGCAGGUGUGGGACUUGGGCGGCCAGUCGAGCAUCCGGCCGUACUGGCGAUGCUACUACGCAGACACCGCCGCAAUCAUCUACGUGAUCGACGCGUCGGACCACGAACGCCUGCCGACGGCCCGGGCAGAGCUCCUGGCGAUGCUUGCAGAGGAGGAGCUCGCAGGGUGCAAGCUCCUCGUAUACGCCAACAAGCAGGACCUACCGAACGCACUCGACGAGGGCCAGGUCGGCGCGGCGAUCGGCCUGAACGAGCUCCGCGACCGCCAGUGGAGCAUCUGGCGCUGCUGCGCCAAGGACGGCUCGGGGCUCAGCGAGGGCCUCGAUUGGCUUGUCGAUGCGCUCCGGAACAAAUAA